AUGGGCCAUGAUGGAGAUAUGUCUUCCGGAAAGAAAGCUCGUGAAUCGUCACAGCCUGCACCCAAAUCGUUGAGUGGAUCUGAUCCCAACAUCUCCACGGAAAGCCACGCGAAUCUCAACAAGACUGAUUUGGAGCGUAUCAGCACUACUGUAGUCGUCCCUGAACCUCUCCGCAAGGUUGCAGCAGGUCUGGUGACGAAUGCCAAACUUGAUGUUUUUGUGAACACGUUUGCAGAGUUGACCGAUGCAAUCGCAGAAAAAAUGCAGAUCAAGGCAUGCGAAACAUGA